AUGAUGGUUGAUGCUUUCAUUCGUAGAGUGAUGACUGAUUUGAAAGCGAUGUUCGCUUGUCUUAGUCUGUUCGAUGAUGGAGCGAUUACUCAGGUUGAGAGUGCAAGUACUUCAGAUUUUGGGCUGAAUACAGACGGGAAGAAUUUGCAUGAGGAUCUGGGUUCGAGAUUGGACUUCAGUACUACGUUCCAUCCUGAUGGUCAAUCUGAGAGGAUGAUUCAGAUACCGGAGGAUAUGCUUUGGAGUUGUGUGAUUGAUUUUCGAGGUAGUUGGGAGGAUUUUCUCCCAUUAGCUGAGUUCACCUACAGCAACAAUUUCCAGUCUAGCAUCCAGAUGGCACCUUAUAAGGCUUUGUAUAGUCAUUUGAAGAGGAGAGAUAUCGAGUACUCUGUGGGUGACUUUGUAUUUCUUAAGGUUUCUCCGUGGAAGGAAGUUUUGAGAAUCGAUCGUAAGGGCAAGUUGAGCCCUAGGUUCAUUGGGCCAUAUCAGAUUCUGAAUCGUGUGGGACCGGUCGUAUAUCAGUUGGAGCUACCUCUACAGUUGGACCGUAUCCAUGAUGUGUUUCACGUCUCGAUGUUGAGGUGGUAUCGGUCUGACCCAUCUCAUGUUGUCUUUGUUGAGGAGAUCGAGGUUAGAGCGGAUUUAACUUUUGAGAAGGAGUCGGUUCAGAUUUUGGAUCGUGAUAUUAAGGUUCUAAAGAGGAAGCCCAUUCCAUUGGUUAAGGUUCUGUGGCGAAAUCAUGACAGUGAGGAAGCCACGUGGGAUCCUGACGACUCGAUGCGUCAACAGUAUCCUCAUCUAUUCGGAUCAGGUGCUGAGUGGCUCGGGGGUGUUUUCGCGUUGAGACCGUACCAGGUAAUCCACGGACUUAGGCGGAUCGGUCUGACGGAGCCUCACAGUGACCACGAGUUCGUAAUUGUUUAA